UGUCUCUUUCUCUCUCUGUUCGCGCUGCAGCAAGAUAGAGAAAAAGGCUAUUUUUCUCAGCAAAGCUCUCAAGUUCUUCGUCUCUCUUUGAGAUUACUGAUUACUGCUCAUCUAACCAAUUUCUUUGCAGGGUCAUUGAUUAUUUAUUAACUAAUUGUUUUUAUUUAUUUGUUAGAAUCUAGUUUCUUGUUUCUUCUUCUAUUUUCCCCCCCUAACCAUGGACGCAGGAUCUUACACAUCUGUCUCCUCUGAGAAGAUGAGGUCGAGAAUGAGAUCUCGGGCCCCGCUUCGAGAAGUCGGAUCCACUGUUUUCAUCCCUCCUCUUCGAUCCUCCUCUCUUUCGAAUCCGCUGUCGAGACAGAGCAGUGCUGACAGAUUCAUACCAGAUCGAUCUGCUAUGGACUUCGACUACGCCCUCUACGCUCUAACAGAAUCAAGAAAAGAAAAGGAAAACAGCUCAUCAGCAACUGCAUCCCCGUCCAAAGAAGCCUACAGAAAACUCCUAGCCGAGACCCUCCUCAACAACCGAACCCGAAUCCUAGCCUUCAAGAGCAAACCCCCAACCCCUACUGAUGGCUUCUUAUCGGGCUCAACAUCUGACCCGUUAACCUCCUCCUCUCACCUAACCAAACCGAAACAAAGAAGAUACAUUUCUCAGACUGCAGAGAGGACAUUGGAUGCUCCUGAUCUUGUUGAUGAUUAUUACCUUAAUCUUCUUGAUUGGGGAAGUAGCAAUGUGCUCUCGAUUGCACUUGGAAAUACUGUGUAUUUGUGGAAUGCUUCGAAUGGAUCGACAUCUGAGCUUGUGACAAUUGAUGAGGAUGUUGGUCCUGUGACUAGUGUUAGCUGGGCUCCUGAUGGCCAGCAUAUUGCUGUGGGGCUUAAUAAUUCUCAUAUUCAGUUGUGGGAUUCGACAAACAGUCGACUGCUAAGAACAUUGAAAGGAGUCCACAGAUCUCGGGUUGGCUCUCUCGCCUGGAACAACAACAUCCUAACAACCGGAGGAAUGGAUGGAAAAAUCGUAAACAACGAUGUCAGAAUCCGAUCACACGCCAUCCAAACUUACCGAGGACACACCCAGGAAGUCUGCGGCCUUAAAUGGUCAGGCUCAGGCCAGCAACUCGCCAGCGGAGGCAAUGACAACCUCCUCCACAUCUGGGACCUCUCAAUGUCAUCCUCAACCCCACCUCCAAACCAAAACCAAUAUGUUCAUCGCUUCGAAGAUCACAUGGCAGCGGUCAAAGCCCUAGCUUGGUGCCCAUUUCAAAGCAACUUACUAGCUUCAGGUGGAGGUGGAAGUGAUCGAUGCAUAAAAUUUUGGAACACUCACACUGGGGCUUGUUUGAAUUCGAUUGAUACUGGGUCACAGGUUUGCUCGCUGCUUUGGAAUAAAAAUGAGAGGGAAUUGUUGAGCUCCCAUGGGUUUACUCAGAAUCAAUUGACGCUUUGGAAGUAUCCUUCGAUGGUUAAGAUGGCAGAGUUGACUGGGCAUACUUCCAGGGUUUUGUUUAUGGCUCAGAGUCCUGAUGGAUGCACUGUCGCGUCGGCUGCUGGAGAUGAGACAUUGAGAUUUUGGAAUGUUUUUGGAACUCCUGAAGUUGCGAAGCCUGUGCCUAAGGGGAACUCAGUGCCCUUUAGUAGUUAUAAUCAUAUUAGGUAAAAAGAGUUUUACUGAAAGGUGCAUGGGGAUGGAUCGAAAUUGGAGGAGUUUUUAUGUGAUUUAAUCACUAGAUGAAAGGUCAAUGGUAGGAGGCUGCUGCAUUCACUGACUGGCUAUUUUGUGAGAUUUUCUUUUUUGGUUUUUUGCUAGGCAUUUAGUACAUACGUCUUUAAUAGUUUUCUAAGAGAUAUUUUGAUUAUUUUCUUAUUUACUUCAGUAUCUAGAGUGAUAACAUAUAAUAUUCUCAGUUUUUAACCUUGAAUUAGUUUUUAGAUUAAAGUACUUCUGUAAUCUUUUCAGUGUUCUCAUUGUUUUGCAAUAUAUAUCUACUAAUAUACCUUUAAUAAUAUUAAAGGCAACUAAGAGAUAUUUUAAUUAUUUUCUUAUUUACUUCGGUAUCUAGAAUGACAACAUAUAAUAUUUUCAGUUUUUAAACUUGAAUUAGUUUUUAGUUUAAAAUACUUCUGUAAUCUUGUCAGUGUUCUCAUUGUUUUGCAAUA